AUGCCAGUUGUGACCGAGUACGCCACGCAGACAAUCUCGGUCGUGGGUCGUUAUACCCACUUGGGCAGUAUCGCACACCAUUCAGGGCUUUCCCAUCGGGAACUUCGACGCCGUAUCGCGAUUGGCAAUGCUGCCUUCACUGCUCACCGGAAGACUCUCUUUCAAAAUGGAUCUUUUUCGUUGAGGCGGCGGGCAGAACUCUUCCAAUCCAUUGUGCUCAGCAAAGUCGUUUACGGCAUGGAGACUUGGUACUUUCAUGACGUCAGGCUCUACCACUACUUCCGUAGUGCAAUCUUUCGACUUUAUCGACGUCUGCUGAAAUUACCUCCCACAGAGAAACUGACGGAGGAUGAAGUUCUUGCCCUCACUGCUCUGCCAGACCCGGCACACUUGCUGAGCAUUGCGCGUCUUCGCUAUCUUGGUCUCUUGUACAAGUGUGAUACGAUCACACCGUGGGCCCAUUUACGGCAGGACGUAGAAUGGAUGCAUCUUGUCCAGACAGAUCUCAAAUGGUUGUGGGGCCUCAUUUCAGACACCAGUCGGCUACGUGACCCUUCACAACAUUUCUGUGACUGGCAAUACGUGCUCCGCUACCACCGCAGCUAUUGGCGCAAACUACUUCUUCGUGGUCAACGCCUUUGCAGCAUGCGUGGGAUGGACCAGCUCUUAUUGCGCAGCUUACGUCAUGAUGUUCUUGCACAUUUGGAGGAGCAUGGCACCCUCAGCACGGCUACUGUACGUCCAGCUAUUGACGCUCAUCAAGAGACACAGCACUAUGGAUGCAUGAGUUGCGCUAAAAGAUGUCGUAACCGAGCAGGCGAAGGAGCACAUCUUUUCAAAGCCCAUGGGAUUGUAGCUGCUGAACGCUUCUGGAUGGCUUCAACGACGUGUGAAGUUUGUUUGAAAGAGUUUUAUAGCUUCGACAAGCUUCAGGUCCACCUUCGCACGGCCACAGCCUGCAGAGAGACAAUGAAUGCCAAGCCGUACACUCAGGUUACCCCGGGCUUCGGCUCACGGGCCAAUGAGGCACUACGUGAGAGCCACGAUGGUCUUUUACCGGUUCAACAAGCGCAUGGGCCGCAUGGACUUCGACCAGUACGCAGAGAGUUUGAUAGACAUCACGUGGAGCUCUUUGAGACUUUGGCUCUGGCGAUCUACGAGGCGGAAGAGGAGCAGACCCUUGAGACCCUCGAAGUUAUGACCAAGGCCAUUAAAGCAUGCGCGAUUGGAUGGACACAGCUGAAAGCAACCCUGGCUCAUCUUCGGGACUCUUUCACUGUGGACUCCAUCAUGGAUGCACAGCUUUCUUUGGUGCAGAUCAGACAGAUCAUCGAUCGAUUUCGAGCCUCUGGGCAUUGGGCCUUUUUGCACGAGAUUGACUACGAGCUAGCAGACGGGGCACAUCUGCACCAGCUGGAUCUCUACGAGCAAUGGUGCGAAGAUCUAGCGGGAAGUGAAGCGGUUUGGACUCCGGAGGAGACACGCUGUCCACGUCCCUUCUACAAAGAAAGGAUUGUGCUGCACGCCUACUCGGGCAGAAGGCGUCCCGGGGACUUCCAGUGGUACCUCGAUCGCUUGGCUGCCAAACAUCACAUGGUGGACCUCUAUGUCGUCUCGAUUGACUUGGUGAUCAACUCCACGUGGGGUGACAUUGGGCGACCAGAGACGCAGCGGUUCUGGCUCCAAGCCAUUGCACAGGGCCAAGUGCUCGGAAUGCUCUCUGGGCCCCCAUGUUGCACAUGGUCCAUUGCCCGGGGUAAGAAGGACACCAAGAUGAUCCAACAGGGCCGCCAAGGCCCACGCAUCAUUCGCACGCUACAACACUUAUGGGGGCUGCCAUCUGUGUCCUUGCGUGAGAUGCAACAACUACAUGACGGACAUCUUCUUCUGGGCUUCAGUGUGCAUGCUAUGGUGCUCCUCUCCACCGUGGGAGGGAUGGGCAUUUUGGAACAUCCACGUGAACCAGAUGAUCCUGAUGCAGCCAGUAUCUGGCGUUUGCCGCUGAUCCGUAUGGUGCUUGGACUUCCUGGCUUCCGGCUUCUGGAAUGUGCUCAAGGCCUUCUGGGUGCGGCAAGCACAAAAGGCACUGGACUGCUGACCUUGAACUUGCCCGACUUGCCGAUCUACAUUAGGGACAAUGCGGUCCGCUCAGACUUGCCAAGGGCCGCUACGAUUGGCAUGGAUGAACUUGGGCGGUACAAGACCGCAGUCUUGAAGGAGUACCCUCCAGCAUUAUGCAAAGCAUUCGCGGAGGGUUUCUUUUCACACUUCCCUUCUCACAGCCCAGAGAAGGACCUGGUGCCUCUCCCAGCAGAAUUUUUGGUGCUCUGUCAACAAAUGACAGCGACCGAGAUGGGACAGUCCAUCGGAGCCGAUUUUGCGGGCUGA